GGUUGGCAAUUCCGGUUUUUUUGGGUAUGCGCCUCUUAUUGAAAUUAUGUUUUCUUUUUUGAAAAUUUAUUGAAAUUAUGUUUCGGGGCGAAUAUUAAUUUUCAUUAACUGAAAGUACAUUUCCCACCGUUUAGCUGAGAUUGGCUUCUCAAAAAAAUUGGAAUGAGAAGAUAAUAUUUAGAAAGAGAAACAGAAGGAUAGAAGAGAGAAAGAAAUGGUGGCGAUAUCACUGUACAAAGGCAACCUCCACAAACUGACCGACGCGCCCCAUCGAUGGCCGCGCCCCACCCCCAAAAUUUCACUCAAAGAAUUCAAAAUCCUCCUCCGCCGCCGCGCCAGAGCCCUUUCCCGCCUCCGAACCUCCGACUCCGAUUUGGCAACCACUUCCAACCCUAAUCCUUCUCCUGCCCCCGUCUCCGACCCGAAUUCCAACCCCAGCUGUGGCAAUUUUGAUCCGAGCUCCGCGCGCAAUGCAAUUGGCGGUGGUAAUCAUGUCGAUAUUCUCUGCUCGACUUCUGGGUUGGUGGUAAAGGGAGAUUUGAAGAAAAAAGAAGGGGAGAAGGAGGAGGUCGGAAAGGAGGCGGAUGAGAUUUCGAUAGAGGGGGAAGGGUCUUUGCGGAAAUUGGUAGACAAGGAUAACGCUUUGGCGGUGGAGGGGGAGAAGGAGGAUGCGGAGAAUGUCAAGAACGACGGUAGAGCAGAGGUUCCGGUGAAUAAGGCAGUCGAGAUAAUCAACAUGGAAAAUGCUACAAGUGAUACGGAUAAAAGAAGCAAGGAGGUUAAGGAGAAGUUGGAAGUUUUAAAUGAGAAAAAGCAUAGUUUAGUACAAGUACUUAAACAGAUUCUGAGCGCAGAAGAGCACUUAAAGAGACCAAAUUGUGUGCAAGGAAUGCCAAGCCGUCCUCCUCUUCCACUACAAGUGGAUAACACAACUGAUUCAGGUUCAAUGGUUAGGGUAAAUACCCCUAGAACAGGAAAAGACGGAAAUCCUUGUGGUGAUAUGGAGGGAGUAGAAGCUGAUGAUGUUUCAAACCAUAAUACACAUUCUCGCCAUUUAGUCCGUACAAGUAGUACUUCACCAUCUUCUGACUCCCAACAGCGGAAGCAAGUCUCAAAUUCGGUACCCCACUCUUAUAGGACUACACUAGUAGUUGCAGGUAGUCCUUCGCGGUUCGCACCUGCUGCGCAAGGACCCCCAUCAGUUUCUGUUUCAGGAGCAAGUUAUAUAACCUCCUCUCCUUCUCCUGCAGCGUCUGGCGGCACUUCAGUUUUUAGAGAUGGCAGGCUCCCUAGUCCGUGGAACUAAAAGUGUAGCAGCUCACGUAUUGCAUAUCACUUCUAAGUUGGCUGGUAUUAUGUAAAAGCUCUUAAUACAUAAUUAAAUAGAAAGCAGAAAACUCCAAUAUGAAGCAUAAUCUGUCCUUGCAUGACUUUCCUGUACAAUUAGGAGGAUUGGAAUGGGUUUAUCAUGUGAAAUCAAACCCAAUCUUGGAAAAUUUUCCCGUGCGUCAAUCAUUUAUAUGUUGCACUGUACAUCAACUGAGUUGGCAUCAUAUAUACCACCUUCCCGUAGUUUGUAUAUAACCCUUUUGCUGAUGUCAUUUUAAGAUCUUUGGCACUGAGAUUACAAGAGUACCUAGUUUGUGAUCUGGAUUGAUAGCGAGAAUGUAAAAUCCUUAGUAAGAAGUUGUUUUUUUUGAGGGGGAGAAUAGAGAAGAACAUCGUUGUGCUGUUCGAUUUGGAUUUUUCUUGUAUCUUGGUUUUAGGCUGUUACUGUACCUGAUGGGCGAUUACAUUUGAAUUGAUUACAUUCUUCUGGAUUGGGAUGCUA